AUGUCCACAUUCGACCCCCACGCAGAAAGGCUAUGGAGCAAAGAAGAAGACAAACAACUACGAAAUGCCGUAUUCCAAGAGAAAGAACAAAAACGGCCAGUAAAAUGGGAUACAAUCGCAGCAUCAUUACCUCGACGGAGUAAGAAGGAGUGCAGAAAGCGCUGGCAUCAUACAAUGAUGGAGGCGGUGAGAAGAUGCAAAUGGAAACCGGAGGAGGAUGAACGACUCUCUACAGCUGUAGGGAAAUUUGGAAGGAAGUGGAUUUCAGUAGCCCAGGUUGUCAUGACCAGGAACGAUAACGAAUGCAUGAGACGGUGGAAAGAAAUACAGGCCAAAAACGCAAAUGCGACCCCGAAUGCGGCCCCGGGUUCUCCUAGCAGCAUAUGGUCAUUAGACGAGCUUAACCAAACUCAAUCGCAUCCUCAGCAUGCUUCUAUCAGCUCAAAUACCUCAUCAACAGGCUACUCUCCCAGCACCACUUCCUACGUUGAUGAUCUCCUGCGCGGCAUGGGCCAAAUGAGCCCCCAGACCACACAAUUUGGCAGCAUGGACACCGAGCCCUUAACUAUGCACUCGCUUGAUACUCCUACGAGUUUGAUUGACUCUCGGGGACCCGAGAUCCACCAGGACUUGGAUGCGUUUAUUGAUUUUGAUGCGGAACGCUCGGGAAACUUCUUCGAGCCCCGCUAUGAUUCUGACGGCCAUCAAUCUGAUUCCAGCGAAUGGGGCUGGUUUGAUAGUAUGAUGCCUGGAACAACUCAUGGCAGUCGUCCCCAAUACGACAAUAAUGGGCUUUCUAUUGGUUCUGGUGGCUUCAUGAUUGAUAGCCAUCCUGGUGAAUUGAUGCACGAUAGCCCGGGGGCUCUUGAUAGCUCAUAUCCAAGCACCCGAAGUAAUUCGGUCGUCCCACAGAUGCAACCGCAAGUCUCGACUCCACAGGCACCGGAUUCUUACGAUACAGGCAAUCGAAACCUGCUCUCCUUGAAAUCUUCAGGUGCCGUUGGAGGUGUGAAGGUCGUCAUUGUCUGCAAAUCGAAUGAUCUACGCACAUUGAGCUCGCUGGAAAACAUCAUGAAGAGUUUGAAGGCAAACGGCCACUCUGUUAUUCAGGACUCGCAACCACUUGGUCGCAAUGACUACCUUUGUGGAUCUUUGGCGUAUGAUGAUGUGUUACAGGAUCUUGUAGGGGCUUGCACGUAA